GCAGUUUAUCAUUUACAGUACUGAAACUCGAAAGCGCAUUUUGUUACACCAGUGUCUCCUGAAUAAGUCAUUUUUACUAUUUUUGAUUGUUCUGGUAGCAAUUACAAAUUUAUUACAACUGUUGUUUUUACAACAAUUUGCUGUUGUUACAGUGGACGGAAUUCGAGAGGACUAUUAAUAUUAACUUUAUCAAUAUUGUUACAUUUUCAAUAUGGACGUUUUUGGCCAAAAUACGUCACACAUGAACACCACAACUCCGACUGAAAACUGGAUAUCUAUAUACUCUAUAGUUCGAUGGAUUCAAAUAACAAUGGCCGUCCUAAGCAUUUUAGGUGCUGGCUCUAUAAUCUUAUGUGCCUGUUUAAAAGGACUAGUAAGAAAACCAGAGGUGCUGCCAUUGUUCUUGUUAAGUGUAACAGACCUGCUGUUAGCGUUGAGUUGGAUGUGUGGAGGUCUUCUCUUCACUCAGUCCUGUAAAGCUUACGGAACCUGCUACAACCUCCACAUAGUGGAACAGACUCUUUACAUGGCCUCGUUCUUCUAUACUCUGCACUAUGUUUGGGUGCUCUACAACGGACUCGAGGGGAAGUACAAGAGACUCGGUUUCCCAGCUGAGAAUCCAGCAGACACAAGAAGCUGCAGAUAUCUUGGUCCUGUAGUGUCAUGUCUUUUGCCUUUAAUGCUCACAGCACCUGUGUUUGUAGCAGGAAAUGUGUUUCAGUGUUAUACAAACUUCACCCAGCCGUACAGAUGUUUGCUGAUGCAUACAGGGGCUGUGUAUCUCACAUCAUCUGUAAAUACAGAGAAGACAGCAUGUAGUGUCAUUCAAAAGUACUGCAUGGCCAUUUUCCUGUUUACGUUCUUCUUCACAUUCAUUGGCAUCACGAUUCUCAUGUGUAAAGCUCGCUCCCUGUACAAGCGUCUCGUCACGUCUCAAGGUUUCUUUGGUGACAAUCAUUGGGAAACCCUGCGUCUCCUGGAACGGCGAAUGCUGCUUUAUCCCUCAGCCUUCUUCUUCUGCUGGGGACCAGCAAUAUUUCUAGCUUCUAUGAUGCUGGUGAAACCGGAUAUGAUAGAGGGAAGGAUGGGAGUCUUUCUCUACAUCCUACAGGCCUUCACUUCUGCUUCUCAGGGUCUGUUAAACUGCCUGGUUUAUGGCUGGACACAGCAGCACUUUCGCUCUCUCAGCAGCAGCAGCACCCUACGGCACAAUGAAACCCAGACUCCCCUGCUGCGCUCCCAGAAACGAAACUACGCUGCUUUGAAAUCUGCUGCAUCACUCACCAAUUUUGUUUGACAGAGAGACACGCAAAAAUCUCUGUAAUGCAAUGAGAAGAUGCAACUGAACACAUGACUUGAAUGUUACGAGCGUCGUGCUCUACCCAUCAAGCUACGGGAGCCAAAACAGCACACACUGCUGUGUCAGAAAAACUGAAGACUGAAACGAGCAGAAUAUCUGUGUGGUCUAUAAUGCAUGAAGACCAAUGAAAGCAAACACAGCAGAAGCCUUUUGUUUUGCUCCGGUAUUACCAACACCAGAUGGCAGAAAAGGAAGCUCUGCUAAAAAGGGAGCUGAACAUUUGUUCUUCUACCUUGGAUUUGUUUUGAGAUUUCAAAAGCUGCACCUGCUGCUAGUUUAGCUGAGAAACCCACUUCAGGAAACCGUUUCAUCAUCCAGCCUCUAUAGCACUUGCUUUUGCAAUGACACGAUCGAUACUUUCAGGUCAAGAUGCACUGCUGGGCUUUCAAAAAGGGAAAGACCGAAGGGGGAUUACGGUCAGAGGGAAAUAGCUCUGAAACAGGAUCUGAGAGGACAAUGCUGCUGCUUUCUCCUUCCACAAAACAUGCGCUGAAGCCAUCCACACAUAGCGGGUAUCAAUUACUGCUAAACGAGCAUGAAAGAACUAUUUUUCUCUUAAUAAACAAUACAGCUGUGUGAGCAGGCUUCUCAGUGGAUAUUAUGGUUGAAGAAUACAGUUGAUGAGAAAUAUAGGUUGCAGGAAAAGUACUUUGUCAAGAUAAACCAUAGCAAUAAACCAUAAAAUGAGCAUUUUUCUUGAAAGGUCUUUAAAACCUGGAGAUAUAAGGGAAUUUUUUUUGUGUGUGAAAAUAACUGGGAUUUUUAGGCUUGCAUGGUUCACACAAAAUUGAAUAUUUUGUCAUCAGUUAGGCUACUUCCCCUCAUGUCAAACCCAUAAAACUAUUGUUUAUCUUUGAGACACAAAUGAAGAUAUUCUGAAUGAAACUUGAUGAUUUCUGUCCUUCCAUCAUCAUGAGAGCAAUCCAGUAAUCUAAGCUUUCAUAAGAGAGCAAAUACCAGAACAAACCUCUUAUGAAUGACUUUCAUUAAUUUAUGUCAUCAAUGUUUCGUUUGUGUGACCUUUCAGUGGAAGGACAGAAAUCUCUUAGGUUUCCCUAAAAAAUAUAUUUUUUUAUUAAUUAAUUGUUAAUAAUAAUUAAUUAUUAAUUCAAUUAAUAUAUUUUUUACAUUUCAUUAAAAAAUAAUUACGGUAAUUACUAUUUCAAAGACAAACAAAAGUCUUGUGGGUUUAGGGUGACAUGAGGGUGAGUUUUCCUAUUUGAGAACCCUUUAAAAUAUCUGUGGGAAUUUUUGUAGUUGGUAACAUUUUCAGGUUAUGCUUUGUAAAAUACGUUUUUGUAGAAACCGGAGUGCAAUCCCUGUUAGAUUCCUUGUUCUGUAAUUACAAACAGCUAGAAAAGUGAUAAACGACAUGUACUGUUUUCCUCUUUUACUUUGGCUUGCAUUAGUCCCAAGACAAAAUGACUUUAAGUAUCGCUUUAAUUUCCGAGCAUUUUAUGUGUCCAUGUACAUAGUUUUCACACAUUACAAACUGUGGAAAAUGUAUGAACCAUUUGAUUAAAACUUCAUUAGGUGUUGA